CACCACCUACAUCUUGAUACCCCUUUGCUUCACUCGGGCUGUCACCAGAUUGGUUAUCGCCAUAGAUGAGCGAAUUUGGGGGGACUUUGCGCUCGUCUUAGUUAUAAAGCCUCCCAGUGGUUGAUAGGAACCAUAUCAGUCUCAAGUUCUGUUCGCUCAAAAACUCAAUUUUUUUUUCUUGUAUCGCUUAUCAGAGAUGUCCGAUACCAAGGCUCGACUUGCCGCUCAGAGAUCCUCUCCACUCCCCGCUAGUUACAUACCUGUAGCUCAAUCCCCGGAGCAGGUUGCUCCCACAUUAGAGACUCCUCAGAGCGGAGACACCCUACCAGAAGUGCCUGCCACGCAUGUCGAAAAACAAGACAACGUCCUUGCAUACCUCGCGACAAAAGAGUUCUACAUUACCCUUUUCCUCGGACAGGUUCUGGCUAUCACCAACACUGCCUGUAGCACAUUCAGCACACUACUGGUCAGCGAGGGAACCUCAAUCCCGGCUUUUCAGACAUUCUUCAACUACUUUCUGCUCAAUGCUAUCUUCACCCCAUAUACCAUAUACUGUUAUGGCCUGAAAGGCUGGACACGGGUAGUGCUUCAGCACGGUUGGAAAUAUAUAAUUUUGGCCUUCUGCGACGUGGAAGGUAACUAUUUCAUUGUGCUGGCCUAUCGCCAUACGACUAUGCUGAGCGCCCAGUUGAUAAAUUUCUGGGCCAUUGCGGUCGUGCUCAUUGUGUCCUUCACAAUCUUGCGCGUGCGUUACCAUAUCACACAGGUGUUAGGUAUUAUGAUCUGUAUUGGCGGCAUGGGCUUCCUGAUUGCUUCGGACCGGAUCACUGGUGCCGAUGACGGGAAUUAUUCGCGCGCCGAUUUGAUCAAAGGCGACCUCUUCGCACUCCUGGGCGCGACAUUCUACGGACUUGCCAACACGGGUGAGGAGGUCUUUGUCAGUACGGCCCCGGUAUACGAAGUUUUGGGCCAAAUGGCCAUGUACGGCAUGGUCAUAAAUGGCGUCCAGGCGGGCGUUUUCGACCGCAACUCGUUCCAUAAUGCGAUCUGGAACUCCCAGGUUGGUAUCUACUUGACAGGAUAUACGCUGUGUCUUGCUUCCUUCUAUUGUAUGGUACCGCUGCUGUUCCGGCUGUCAUCGGCGGCAUUUUUCAACAUAUCGAUGCUGACGAUGAACUUCUGGGGUGUUCUCAUCGGGGUCGGGGUGUUUCACUACACAAUCCACUGGAUGUACCCGAUUGCUUUCGCGCUCAUUAUCCUCGGGCAGCUCAUCUACUAUCUGGGGCGGCGCGUGCUGGGAGAAGCGCGCAAACCCUGGCUGGGACGGAACCAAGAAUGCGGCGUGUCGGGACUGUUUACAGCACGAAGAAAGAUCGAGACCGCUGCCGGCCGGAGUCGCAGCGACUCCAUAUCCACGACUUGUUCAGAGCGUGAUCCUAUGCUACCACGUGCCAGUGUGGCUGAGGAAGCAGCUUAGGGACCCUGACGUCCUGCUGAGUACAUUCAUUAAAAUAAAGAGAAAUUGGUUAAACGACGGCAUGAUUAUGAUCGACCCACAAUAGCGCUUGCAUAGUUCAGCGAAAUCAUGUUUUUAGACUAUGACAUUAUAUAUACAAGGCGACAAGGAUUGGUACUUACUAGUAAUCAAUACACAGCAAUCAUUAUAU